UUGCAUCGUUGUUUUGAACAACUCUAGUCCACACACAGAGCAGCAGUUAUGGCUCUUGCCCAGGCAACUAAGGCUUGCAGCCUGCAGGCCGCUCCUGUUCCGAAGUCCCUUGUAUUUAGGCCUUGCUCAAUUCGCGCUUCUCCUCGGCUCUAUAGCCCUACCGAACAAAGGGAUGCUAGCCAAAGGAUGUCCGUGGUGCUGUUUGCCAAGGGUGGCAAAGGGGGCAAGGGAGGCAAGGCGGAGUCAGCAGUGAAGGACGAAAAGCCUAGCAAGGGAGCUGGCGGAGGCGUGGACGUCCAGAAGAUUUCAGCGGAUGCCAAGAAGGACGCGGAGGAGCGCAUGAAGAAAUGUCUCAACGUAGUCGCAGAAGGCUUCAACACCAUCCGCACCGGCCGUGCCAAUCCCGCCAUCCUGGAUAAGGUCAUGGUGGAGUGCUACGGCUCCCCCGUGCCCCUCAAGCAGCUGGCCGCCGUCACCGUGCCCGACUCCCAGACGCUGCUGAUCAGCCCCUUCGACAAGGGCAGUCUGAAGGACGUGGAGCGGGCGCUGCUGGAGGCGGACCUGGGCAUCAACCCCAACAACGAUGGAGAGCGAGUGCGGCUCAUCAUGCCGCCCAUGACGCAGGACCGGCGCAAGGAGCUGUCCAAGCAGGUGUCCAAGAUGAGCGAGGAGGGCAAGGUGGCGGUGCGCAACGUGCGCAAGGACGCCAUGAAGAAGGUCGACAAGGUUGAGCUGCCCAAGGACGACAAGAAGGCGCUGGAGGACGACAUUCAGAAGCUGACCGACACCUACGUCAAGAAGCUGGAGGACAUGGCCAAGAGCAAGACGGAGGAGGUGAUGAAGCUGUGAGGGGGAGGAUGGGGAAGAAGAGUACCCAAGGUAUUGGCUGAGAAUGGCAAACAAGACGACAGGGGAGCGGGGAAGGGGAGGGGCGCGAGGAGAAGGGGACCCCAGUAGGUUGCUGCAGUGCGACAUGGCUUCAACGCGGGGUUGGAGGGCCACGGGUGGGAGGAGCUAUGAAGCUGUGGAGAGGGUUCGUGUGAUAGGGCGAGGCAGGGAGGGAGCGCUGUGCGGGAAGGUUGGUGAGAUCGGGUAGUGAGGGGCGGGGAAAAGAGCAGGGAGGGGUGUGCACUGCGGCCGACAGGUACCUGCCGGGUGUGUCAUGAGGGGGCUGUGCUGCUGGACGCUGGUCGCUCUCGGUGGUUUGUUGGAUCAGGUCGUUAGGAAGUACGUACCGCUGGUGCUCUUUAGGUGUGCGACUUUCGGGGGCAAUAGUUCCAUGUUUAUUUAUGAUGUUGGAGGAUGUUGGGGGGAGAGUCGGACGGCGUUGGCAUGAGCACCAGAUUAGGCACAUGCAAGGCAGCGUUGACACUGGCUGUUGGCAAUUUUGGGUUGACAAGAUUCUCAAACAUUAUUCCGGCACGUUUUGGCAUAUAUACCCACAUCUACGGGCAUGUAUAUGAUAUCAAGGCAGCACGACAAGCAGGAACGCCAAUAUAAAGCAUCCACGCAUUCACAUCCCCUUGUGGAGUAACCCCUGCAUGCAUGGGUGUCGUACGACAGAAGCAUCGGCGUCUGGUACGUGAACAGCCGCUACCGGCAAAAAGCCCUAGGAGCGGCCU